GGUGGUGAGAGAUUCCAAGCCGCUGGAGUCACGCUCUCCUCGGCCAGUGGCAGCGACUCUCCUCGGGCUGGGUGUGCGGAGGGAGGAGCUUCCUUAAGGUUUUGCCAGGCAAUGUAACAUGCCACUAAAAGCAGGUUAGUUAUAGUUGUGAAGAGGAAGAAGCGGACAUUGGAUCACAGUGAGUUUACCUGCCGCUGCUUCUCCUCCUCAUGCUGCUGACGGGACUUUCGCUCACAUGACUCCGCGGAGGAAGUUGUUGCUCGAACCAGGGGUUGUGUCAGUGCGAGGAGCCCGGGGGAGCAGGUGGACUGGACGGGGGAGCGAUGCUGCAGCUGACGCGUCGGUUCGACCUGCACCGGGAUGUGGAGCUCGAUCUCCGCAGGAAGGAGGCGUCCGUCUGCCGGGUGACAGGAGUGAUACGUCAUGUGGGUUUCACAACAAUCAUGCUGUAUGCAGAAUACUCCGGCGCAGUGGAUCCUUGCAUCCUGAACAUUGAGAGUGAUGGAGGCAUCCUUUACUCUUGGAAGGGAUCAACGGGGACCACCAGGAUUGGGAAGUACGACUCUGACACUAAACAGAACAAGCUCCUCUACUCAUUUGACAAGCAGGUGUGUGUCAGCAGCUGUUCCGUGAACAAGGAGGAGACGCUGCUGGCCGUCAGCUUGGCACAGAAUACCAGAGGAGAAGAGCGCCUCAGACCAAUAUCCAAGUGUCUCACACUCCUGAUUGAGAUCCAUCCCAUCAACAACACUAAGGUCCUCAAGGCAGUGGACUGCAGGGUCAAAGUUCAGUUCCUCCACCAGGAUGCCAGCAGGAGAUCAGUGCCAGAGAGUCACCUGCUGCUGCUGACGGAGGAUGGAUAUGUUGAGCUGUACCACGUUCUGCUGACCAAACAGGAGGGUUACAGAGUGGUGAUGGCGAAUCCAGAUCGUCUGGUCAGAACGGCGGAGAGGAUAGUGGAGGACUUGAUUUGGGUCCAGUGGGACGGACACACACAAAGACUCUACUAUCUCACACACAAGGACAAGUUCCUGCUGCGAUGUGUUCAAUUCUACCCCAACCAUAGCUGUGAAACUGUGAUGGAGCUCCCGUUAGAGUUGCCUGCUAAUCCUUUCCCCACAGUCAAGUUUGUAAGCCUGGGCUUCGACCACUAUCACACAGAGAGACCAGAAAAGGAGCUCGUUAGCAUGGAGGUGUUCACAAACAGAAUAGGAAGCAUGAGUGUGUGCUACAGCCAGCCUCAAAAAGACAAACAGGAGCUGAUGUACACGGUGGUUUUAGUUCACAAAGACUGCAGCAAGACGUUCAGAGUAUCUCUGAGCAGCGAGCAGGAAGCCACGAGGCUCCAUCCUCUAAUCAUCCCCAUGGGUUAUUACAUGCUGGUGUAUCUGCAGGAUCAUUUCCUCCACUGUAUCAACACCCGGCAGGAGGAGAUGCUCUGUCACUCGCUCUUCCUCUCUGGUCACGAUGCUGACCUGGGCCUGCAGUGUCAGGCAGCUGACAUCACAGUGUUGCACACAGAGGAGGAGCCGUGCGGGAGUCUGCUGGAUGUGGCCAGUGGGAGGAUCUACAGCGCUGAGCUCAGCCCCGCCUACCUGCUGCAGAUCCUGCAUUCACAUGCGUCUUCCAGGUGUCCCAGCAGUCGGGCUCCCCCCCAGCACCUGGCCGCCCUCCACUGCCUGCUGGUUUACAUGGGAAACGACCCAAACCUGGAGCUGAAGAUUAUCGAAUGGCUGUGCGACCACAUAAACGCCUUCGAAUCCUUUGAUCAGAUCCAGGAGUUCAUUCUAGCCUCCCUGUACAGAAUAAGCUAUGAGAAGUCUCUUAGCCUGGAUAAAGUCCUGCCAUACUCCUCUGUAUUCGACAAGAAGGAGGUGCCAGUGUGUCUGCUGGAGAUCCCUGGUGUUGUGUGUGCCACUGAGCUGCAUAUUGAGUCUGUAAUAAAAGGGAAGGGUUUCUGGACCGAGCUGCAGUGGAACACGGAGAGGACAAAAUAUCUUGAUGCUGUUCCCAACACCAGAUACAGAGCCUCACACAUACAGGCCGACUGGGAUAAACUGAGGUUGGAGAGGAGACCAUCCAGCCACAUGAAUCACAUCGAGGAGAACACAAAGAAGGUUCUGUCCAUGGUGGAUACCUGGUGUCUCGAUAAGAAGCUGGUGCCCCUUUUCCAGGAGGAGGACCAUCAACAGAGGGUGCUCAUCGGCCUGACGGUUGACAAGCUUCGAGAGCAUCUCAACAGACACUUGCCUCGCCUGGGGAAGAAGAAGAUAGACUCGCUGGUUGUCUGCUACGUAGCCAAACUGUGGCACUCACAGCGACUCUCCCACUGUUUCCCUCUGACUGGUUCGACAGAGCUCACAGAUGGGAUGUACGUGCUCUUUAAGUUCAGAAAAGGUUGCUGGGAGGCAUUAGGCCACCACUUCAGUCCUCCAAAACAAAUAUCAGCUCUUUUGUUAAGAUGUGUGACCUUGCUUUGUGUAUCCAGCGAGCGGUUAGCUGCACCUGGGGACUCGCGUGUGGGCGGCGAGAGGUAUUCCCCUCCCCGCUUCUCCAAAUCCUAUUUUUGCCGUCCCCAUUACUUUCGGUUUCGGGUGUAUUUUCUUCGACUCAGAUCUCUCUGCACAUCCUGAUGCGACUGUUCAGCCAUGAGCAUCCAGGAGUUCGACAGAGUUUCUAUUUAGAUUCAGUCUGUAUCUGUUAGUUCAACUAGUGGCCUGCGGGUCAGAUACGGCCCUUUGGAAAAUGUCUAUGGCCUCAACAGCUUGAGAAUCAGGCCGACUUCUUUAUAUCUGAUCAGCCUCGACUUGAUCCGCUCCUGUUCAACCUGAUUCUCUGUCUUCUGCCUCUGAGGCUUCACAUGUAAUUAAUUCGUAGCAAUUAGUCGACAACUAUUCUGUGUAGCCAAUGAGCCCCCAGUGAUUCUCAUAUCCGGCCCCUUGCUUUAGAUCUAACAUAAGUGUUGAAUGUAUUUCCUUCCACAUGAGGCGUUUGGAACAAUUUAAGCCUUAAAAGUUCAAACCUGCAAAAAAAAUGCUGACCCAAACAGAAACGUCUGUUAGGACUCUAUCAGAGGAAUUGAACAGAGUUUUCAUUUAAAAAAAGGAGCCUAUUUGUUUUCUGAGGUUUCUUUACGCUCCCAGACAAAUGUAUAAAGCCUUAAGGUCUUUUCAAACAGAAAAUGAUUUGUGCCGUGCUGGCUGCUGGGUUCAUAGCAAAGAUCUACAUCAUUACAAAGUUUGGGAACGAUAACUGUUAAACUGGGACACAGGUGAGGAGUCAAUGGCCUCAGACACGGGUCAAGGUUCAUAAAAACAGUCUUUACUGUCUGAAGAGAUGACACCAGGAAGUGCUGCAGCGCUGACACAAACUGACAAAAGGAAGGACAGGAAACACAGGGUUUAAGUACAUGAGCUCUAUGCAUGAGCUAAUAAGACACAGGUGGACACAGUGAAGGGCAGGUGAUCAACAGGGGGCGGGGAAACAGACAGGAAGUGAAAUGAGAGACAACGAUGACUGCAAAAUAAAACAGGAAGUGACCAAAAUGUGUCAAAACAACUUAUCUCAAGAACCUCAUUACCCCAAUCAGGAAAUGUUGUCAUGUGUUGCCUAUUGGAAAGUGUUCAUUACAGCUGAAGGCCGUUGAAUGGAAUCUGGAAGGGCUUUUAGAGAUAAGUGUUCUAUUUUUGAAUUAAAGUCAAGGUACAAUUCGUUAGUUUUUCAGCUUUUUUACCAUUUGGGUUAUUUUGCCUCUGCACUGAUGACAGCCAGUGGUCAGAGGCUGUCUUGUUUUCGAACACAACAUUUUGUUUAGGUAGCAUGAACGUCACCAUAGAAAGCACAAGAACAAUUAAUUUCUUGAUAAAUUCAAAUAUAUUUAAAUGCACAAUGCACAUGUAUAUAUAUAUCACUUCAUUCUGCAUGCCCAGCACUUCAAACCAAACCCACACCCUCAGUAUUAUCCUCCCACAGAGAGGCAGGUGGGAUCUACAUAAUCAACUAGAGGGAUGUCACCACUCAGUGCCAUACAGAGGCUCUCGCUGCUGUAAAGUCAGCCAUUAGUAUUCCCGGGAGGUAAAUCCCUUCCCAGCUACGUGUCCCUGAAAGCAGACAUACAGCAAAUGUCAACACAACAGUAUCAAAUCAGGUCAAGGGUAAAGCUGGGAGUGAAUAGAAAGGCUUUGACGUUUUGGGACUUUAUGGAAUUGAAAAUGAAAGUCCCUGCUCACAGCUGGAUGAGUCGAUGGCCCGGGCGAUUUUAACCUUCAGACUCAGAGUGAAAGUAACAGAGAAAUGUGCGAAUCUGUAACCGUUUUUAUUUGUUAACCCGCAACAAGGCGAUUACUGAAUCUGUUCCACUCGGAGGAAGGGUGAGUUCAGAAAGUUGGAGUUCAGAAAACUCGCACAAAAAAAGUCGUAGAACAGUUGAGUAACUCACCAGCGGGGUGAACUAGCAUCAGGCUGACUCACACUUUGAAAGCUCAUUGGAUCGGGUUUCAAAGCGGGUCGACUCUUCUGCAAAGAAAAGUCCUGUCGGCGCUUUAU